ACAGACAAAUUAACGGAACAUUUCCAGUCGAAACGUCAUGUAGUCGCAGCUCGUUAUGAAUUUUUUAAGCGAGAAAUGAAGCAUACGCAAACGCACCGCGAAUGGGUUGCCGAACUUCGUGGAAUUGCAAGGGAGUGUAAAUUUAAUUGUUCCGCCACUAACUGUUCCGCAAAUUUCGUAGAUGAAAUGAUUCGCGAUCAAAUCAUACUUAACACGCCAUACGAUCAAGUCCGCGCAGCCGCUCUUCAAAAAUUACAACCAUCAUUAGAAGAGGUACUCUUAAUAGCUGAAACAUACGAGACAACAACAAAAACAGUAGCAACCAUCAAAGAGAAUCCGAAUUCAACCACCAUGCAGGUGAACACAAUGCAGACACGCAAAAAUUGGAAAAAAACAACAAAAGAUCAAAUGAGAAGAGAACAGAACGUAAAUGCUAACGUAAUGAAACAAGUGAAAUUGAAGUCGUGUGCAGGUUGUGGCAUUUCGCACAAUAGAGAACAAUGCAAAUUUCGUAAAGUGAUAUGUAAUAAAUGUGCCAAAAAGCGACACAUUGCUGCAGUUUGUAUGUCAAAUCAGAGUAGAAGUAUUAGAAAAAGCACAACGAUUCCAGAGCGAAAAUGGAAUCAAAACAAACAAGAGAAUGAAGAAUAUGUUAGUACUUUGGAUACAGUGAACAUUGUAAAUGGCAUAAUAGAAGUUGAAGCAAAUAAAAAGUGUAUCAAUUUAGAAAUUUUUAACAAAGUAAUACAAUUUCAAUUAGAUUCGGGCGCAACCGUUUCAAUAAUCAAUUUAAAGACGUAUAACAUAUUAAAUAGACCGAAAUUACAAAAGUGUACAAAAACAUUAUAUGCAUUUGGUCAGCAGCCUAUUCCAAUAUUAGGUGAAUUGCACACUAAAGCAAAGUGUGGAAAUAAGCAAAAGCGCAUUGCUGUAAUAGUUGCAAAUAUAGAAAAUGCUAACAAUCUAUUUGGGCUAGACUUAUUCAAAGAAUUCGGUUUUGAAAUCACGCAAAUUGAUAACGUAGUUGAUAAAGGUGAAUACAUCAAACAAAUUGAAGGUUUAUGUAAUAAAUACGAAACAGUAUUUGACAAUACAAAUGCUGGCGUGAUAAAACAUUUUAAAGCAAGUAUACGUAUGCAGACCACUGCCAUACCAAAAUUUUAUAAAAGCAGGCAAAUACCGUUCGCGCAAAUGACAAAAUUCCGUGAGGAAGCAGAUAGGCUUAUUAAUACCGGAAUUUGGAAACCAGUUAAAUUUAGUAACUGGGCGUCACCAAUCGUCUUAGCACCAAAACCAGAUGGGUCGGUAAGAAUAUGCGGUGAUUUUAAAGUAACAAUUAAUUCACAAUUAGAUAUUGAGCAAUAUCCAUUGCCAACACGAGAGUCGCUAUUACAUACAAUACGACACGGUACACAUUUUUCGAAAUUAGAUUUAAAAGAUGCUUAUUUACAGAUGAAGUUGGUCAAUACACCUUUAGGAUUGUUCCAGUAUCAACGACUUCCAUAUGGUAUUGCCAGCGCACCCGCAAUUUUUCAGCGUUAUCUCGAACAACUCCUCAACGGUAUAGAAGGAUGUGGAAAUUAUUUGGAUUACAUUAUUAUAACCGCACCGUCAUUACAAGAACAUGUAAAUCGAGUAGAACAAGUAAUCAAAAUUCUCGAAGACAACGGUAUCAAGUGCAAAAAGGAAAAAUGUUUCUUUUUGAAGGAAGAAAUUGAGUACUUGGGUAGAAGAGUAAGCGCUAAGGGAAUCCUUCCAGACUAUUCAGGCAUUCAAGCAGUUAAGCAACUGAAACCACCUAUGAAUAUAACGCAACUAGAAGCUUUUAUAACGGGUGAUUUUUUUGAGGUUAGGAUUUUCAUGCAUUAGUAUUUGACAGAUCACGUGGGAUUUCAGACAUGGUGUCAAAGAGAAGGAUGCUCAGUAUGCUUUGACAUUUCAUCAUGAAUAGACUUACUAACGAGCAACGCUUGCAAAUCAUUGAAUUUUAUUACCAAAAUCAGUGUUCGGUUCGAAAUGUGUUUCGCGCUUUACUUUUGUUCAGCGAUGAGGCUCAUUUCUGGUUGAAUGGCUACGUAAAUAAGCAAAAUUGCCGCAUUUGGGGUGAAGAGCAACCAGAAGCCGUUCAAGAACUGCCCAUGCAUCCCGAAAAAUGCACUGUUUGGUGUGGUUUGUACGCUGGUGGAAUCAUUGGACCGUAUUUUUUCAAAGAUGCUGUUGGACGCAACGUUACGGUGAAUGGCGAUCGCUAUCGUUCGAUGCUAACAAACUUUUUGUUGCCAAAAAUGGAAGAACUGAACUUGGUUGACAUGUGGUUUCAACAAGAUGGCGCUACAUGCCACACAGCUCGCGAUUCUAUGGCCAUUUUGAGGGAAAACUUCGGACAACAAUUCAUCUCAAGAAAUGGACCCGUAAGUUGGCCACCAAGAUCAUGCGAUUUAACGCCUUUAGACUAUUUUUUGUGGGGCUACGUCAAGUCUAAAGUCUACAGAAAUAAGCCAGCAACUAUUCCAGCUUUGGAAGACAACAUUUCCGAAGAAAUUCGGGCUAUUCCGGCCGAAAUGCUCGAAAAAGUUGCCCAAAAUUGGACUUUCCGAAUGGACCACCUAAGACGCAGCCGCGGUCAACAUUUAAAUGAAAUUAUCUUCAAAAAGUAAAUGUCAUGAACCAAUCUAACGUUUCAAAUAAAGAACCGAUGAGAUUUUGCAAAUUUUAUGCGUUUUUUUUUUUAAAAAAAGUUAUCAAGCUCUUAAAAAAUCACCCUUUAGGUAAAGUGAAUUACUAUUGC